AGAGCCAGGUUGAAGCUCUACGUCAGUGUUGACUCAGUUGACAGGAGACGUCGGAGGUGGACAAACUGGACCUGCAGCUCUCUCCUCUGCUGCUUGUCUCCUUCAGAUCAACAUGGCUGAAACACACAGGGUGCCGGCGCAGGGCAGGAAGAAAUGGGGGAUUCCACAGAGAGGUGCACCUGAUGAGAGUAAAGCGACAGGCCGCUCCCCCGACCGAGACGCUCCCAGGAAUCUGGCGGUUCCCUUCAGAGGUCACGUCACAGGCGGGAUGCGGCCGGGGAAGAAGGUCGUAGUGAUGGGUGUUGUGGACUCCCGUCCCGACAGGUUCUACGUCGCCCUGACGUGUGGUCGUGGGACGUCCCGGGAGCCUCCGCCCGACGUGGCUCUGGAGCUCUGCGUCAGGUUCAGGGACCGUCAGGUGCUGCGGAGGGCCUGCGUGUCAGGAUCCUGGGGAGACGUCGACAGAGCCGUGCCGUUCUUCCCCUUCAUCACAGACCAGCCGUUCAAGAUCGAGAUUCACUGUGAACACAGUCGCUUUCGUGUGUUUGUGGACGGACAGCAGCUGUUUGACUUCUACCACAGACUGACGUCACUCAGCGACAUCGACACGCUGUGGAUCAAAGGCGGCGUCACCAUCACUAAACUGGCCUGAGGUCACGCGCUUCAACACAAGCUCCUUUCAAACACACACACACACACACACACACACACACACACACACACACACACGACUACACACAAGCACACGUUUGAAGUACUUUUGCUUUUCUUGAGUAUUUUAUUUUCAUAGUACUUUGUACUUCUACUCCAAAACAUCUCAGAGGAAAAUGUGCUUUUUUACUGAUCUAGGAUUUAUUAUAUUAUGAAACAUCAUCAUCUGUUAAAGAUUAAAUCUGUUAAAAAAGUAAAUCUGAAACUAAUGGUUGAUUAAUGUAAAAUUAACUGGCGAUUACUCUGAUCAAGGUUUAGAUAACUUUCUGAUGAUUUGAUUUUAAUCUAUUCUUAGUCACUUUGAUGUUUGGACCAAACAAACAGAGACAAAUAAAACAAUCAGUUCAUCAAUAUAGAAAAUAAUGAUAGAAAAUAAUCAUGAGUCGCAGCCAUUAGUCAUUUUUAUACUUGAUUCUACUUACAUAUGUUUACUAAGGUAAUAUUUUCAAUGCAGGACUUUUACUUUGAAAGGAGUAUUUUUUUACAGUGUGGUGUUAGUAUUUUUUACUUAAGUGAAGGAUCUGAAUAUUACAAACGUGUUUGAUGAUUUGUCAAUAAUUUAAAAUGUUCACAAAUCCACAAACAAAUACCAAAACUAUUUUACACAUAGAUACAGCCGAACUUGAAGAGUUCAGAGUUUUCCAACAGCACUUAAACACAACAUGUAUUUGUGAAGAGUGUGUGUAUUUGUGUUUUUUAAAUGUGCAGGAAUUUUUUAUCUUAAAAACAAAUGCAAUCAGAUGGAAGUUGGACAAACUGUAUAUAUGUAAAAUAAUUUAUUUAUUUGUAAAAUAGUUUUUAUAAUUGUAUUUAGAUUGUUUGGUCUUUGUUUGUGGUUGUGACAGUGUGUCAGUGAACACCGUGAAUUACCCACAAAUCCUCAAACACUUUGAUUAAUCUUGUUUUUACUUGCACAUCAUGAAACAUGUAUUUGUCACCAGUAUUGAUUCUCAUUUGGAUUUUAAUCCAGACUGAUGUUGGAAAUGAAUCUUCAUAAAACAGAUGUUCAGACCCCAGACACAAAGUACUGCAGCUGUGACAAAACUAAGUGGACGGGGUUUCCUGGAGCCACAGAGACCGUGGACGAGGUUGUUUUUAUAUUUUGUUGUAUUUUCUCUUAAACCAUAUUUUGUGAUGAUGAGAAAUUCAUACACUUCUUAUUACGUCUCCUUGUUGCCUGCGGUGUGAUGUCCAUGAUUUAUUCUUCUUAUCAGAUUUUACACAUUUUUGUCGGGAAUUUUAUAUUUUUUUUGGAUGUUUUACAAAAAUUUUCCAGAUGUUUUU